AUUACAGGCUGAAAACAGAAGCCAUCUCACUUGAAGCACUUACUACCUUUUUAACCUCCUGAAGAAUGGGCUUAAAUCGUUUUAAUUCAGAUAUGAUUGGAUCAGUUUUUUCGCUUUUUGCAGUAUUCCAACUGACUUCAUCUAUAACCGUUGACAUCCCACAACCAACUUAUGAAUUGGCCCGUGGUGACAACGCCGUACUACCCUGCACCUUCGUACCCCAAAAACCAAUCAACCAACAAGUCACGAUCACAUGGGUUGAACAUGCGGACAAUCCUGCAGAUGCUAAUAUUGAAAUCCUGACCUAUUACUACACUGCAACUGGGCCACCUUCACUAGACAUCUCGGAUGAUUUUGCCAACCGAGUUGACCUUCAGGUGGACAUUCCUAAAGGAUCGUCCGUCUUGACACUCAAAUCUCUGACUUCGAAGGACUCUAGAGUGUUUGCGUGCAUAGUUAAAAUUCCUGGUGACAAAGGAAAAUCAUCAGAUACCACUCAACUUGUGGUUCUGGUGGCUCCUACCAAACCCAUCUGCGCUAUUCAAGGCAAAGCGGAGUAUUACCAGAACAUCAACCUGACCUGUCGUUCAGAGGAGGGCACGCCGACACCGACGUACAAAUGGCAAAGCUAUGAUGUCAAUAAUAAACCCCGGCCGAAUCCACCCAAAGCUACUGAUGUGAAUGGAGUUUUGUCACUUUACAAUAUUUCCAUGGAGACCAGCGGUUAUUACAUCUGCACGUCUGCCAAUAAAAUACGCAGCGAAUCCUGUAAUCUGACUUUGUCCGUCAUGCCAUUCUCAAUGAACAUCGGCUCCACGGCAGGAAUAAUCGGAGGCUGUGUAGCCGCUGUUCUCCUCCUGAUUGUCGCUAUCUGCUGCUGCCGCCGAUGCCGGAAAAAGAAAGCGCCUGUGGAGUACCCCAUGGAUUAUGCUGCAGAGCACGGCGAGUACACAGACAAAGAGCCAAGGGAACUUGAAGAGCACCAAGAUAAACGUCUCGAGAGCAAAGCCGAUGCAUAUGACGACCGCGCAGAGCGCAGCGAUCACUAUGACGACCGGCGAGACCGUGAGGAUUUGCAGAGGAAGCCGGAUAACCGACAAUACGAUCCUGAUCGAUACAAUGACCGCCGGAGUGAUUAUGAUGACCGAAGUGAUCGAUCCAGUGAGCCCCGUGAACGCAAUGAUGACCGUCCUCGUAACCGAUAUCCUGACCGCUAUGAUGACCGCCGAGAUCGUUAUGACCACCCUGACGAUCGCUAUGACGAUCGCAGGGACCGCUAUGACCACCCUGACGAUCGCUAUGACUAUCGCAGGGACCGCUAUGACCACCCUGAUGAUCGCUAUGACGAUCGCCGAGACCAUUACGACCGCAGUAGACCUCCACAUCUUCCUGCUAAUAAGCCCACUCGAGGCUAAGUAGGCCUGCGAUGUGUAUAUAUAUUUUAGAUGUAUAUACGUUUCAAUGUUCAAAUUUAAAUUGAAACUUAACUGAAAUUGCCAAUAGUAUGUUUUUUUUUUUUUUUUCUUUUUUCCUCCUUUUUUUUCUUCUUUAAAAUGCAUGUGUACUAAUGUUCUGUACAUGUCCUAACUCACAUUCAAGCCUUUAAUUUUUUUAAAUAUGUUUAAAUAUUUUUUUUUAUCUACAUGUAAUGUAUGUUGGGCUUUUGGUUGAGGUUAAUUAUUGUGGAAUCUGAAUAAAGUAUUUUAAUGUGACUAUGUAAUAAUGACUAGAGCUUAAAAUGGCUCCAAAAAUGAUUAUUUUGGUGAUUAACUGUGACCAACAAAGUUCAUUAAGUUGUCUAAGACCAUCUAAUGACUUGGAAUCAAAUGAGCUGUAAGACACCGUGUUCAAGAAUUACUCACAAUGACCUCUGUAUCACAGAAAAAACCUGUCAUUCACUUAUUUUUGGGUUUCCCUCUUCUUCUUUUUCUUCUUUUUAAAAGGUGUUUUUAUUACUCAAGUUGUAAUGCAACAUUUAAUUGCUUUUUUUUUAAAAAAAUAAAGAGGUAUACAUUAGAA